AUGCAGUUUGAUAAAUUCAAUUAGUUAGACUAUCAAAUAUUGAUAAUCAAAUACCAGAUGUCUGAUACAAAAGUGCCCACCUUCUUGGUGAAAUUGAAAUCAAUGCUUAAUGUAGUGUAAUGCAAUUAUUAUAGGAUGAAGUAAAUGGUCAUAUAAUUAGUUGGGAUGAAAAAGGAUGUAAACUAAUCAUCCAUCAAAUCAAAUUGUUCAAGGAAAUAAUAUUACCCUAAUAUUUCAAGUAACCUAAUUAUUCAAGUUUCUAAAAGUAAUCUGAAGUAAUAUAUUUAAGGUAAAUGAAUAAUUAUGGGUUUAAGAAUACCAGAAUAUCAGCCAAUACUACAGAAUUUUACAAUGAGAAUUGGACAAGUGACUACAGAUAAAUAGAUAAAAUCAAGAGGAGAAGAACUGAAUUUGUUAUAGAUACAGAUUCCUCUUUUCUCUCGCAAUUAAUGAUUUUGAAAUCUAGUUAAAAUUAAUUAAUGGAGAAUCUGCAACAUGUUAAUUACAAGUAAAGAAUACUGAGUUAAAUUAUUUAUGAAUUGCACUUGAAAUCUUAAAAAUACUCGGAAUUAUUCCAAUAAUUGCUCGAACUUUAAUUGUGA